AUGCCCAACAAGCCGACCACCGCGGAUCUCUAUCCCACCCCAAAGGUAGCCGCCGAGGUGACGGCAUACUCUGAGCGGAACUCAACCUCGCUGCCAAAGUACCUCGUCGACUACCAUGCCUGGGUCGAGGAAACCCAUCCACACGCGACGUACAUGGUCUCGAACCUGCAGGCGCAGAGUCUCGUCUUCUUCGCCAGAGCCUUUGGAGCCAAGCGGAUCCUCGAGAUUGGCUCAUAUGUCGGCUACUCUGCGCUCGUGUGGGCGCAUGCCGUCGGCCAGGAGGGCAAGGUGACGGGCCUCGAGUUCUCGGAGGACUAUGCCAAGAUUGCGAGAGACGCGUUCGAGAAGCAUGGCGCGAAGAAUGUGGAGAUCAUUGUGGGAGAUGCACUCAAAACUCUCUCAGCCCUACAGCCUGAAGAGCCAUAUGACCUGAUCUUCAUCGACGCUCAGAAGUCAGGCUAUCCCGCCUACCUCAGGGACAUCCUCGCCGGCUCCCAGCCCGGCUCGGCCACGCGGCUCCUGCGCCCCGGCGGCAUCAUCAUCGCGGACAACGUCCUCCGGCGGGGCCUGGUGGCCGACGGCAGCGAGGAGAAUCCCAACGCGCAGGUGCAGCGGCACGUCGGCUCGCCGGAGGAGGAUCUCGUGGCGCUGCGGGAGUUUAACGCUGCGCUGGCGGGGGACAAGCGGUUGGAGGUGCUUCUGCUGCCGGUGUUUGACGGGGUUGGGUUUGCGAGGCUUUUGGAUUGA